AUGGAUCCGCUUUCGGUAGCGGUGUCGGUGUCUUCUCUUCUAGCGAGCGGUGCCAAGGUCGUGAAAGCGGCUUCCGCUCUACGGUCACAGUACAGAGAUGCUGCAUUUAUGUUGUCUGCGAUCUCAAGCGAAUGCACUGUGAUCAACACCUCUCUCGGCAUGCUACAGAGUCUGAUGAUGUCCAAUCCAGAAAGUCUGGAAUCGAGAAUGACAUAUCUUGUCAUCUCCACAUUUGAGGUUGCUCUUACGGGUUGCGCACUGACCAUGAGUGUGGUGGAAGACGAGCUUGGUGGAUUGCUUAUCGAAGACGAAAACGGCAACCUGAAAGCAAGAAGAAUCAAAUAUGUCAUGGAGCAGAAUCAUCUGAAAGAGAUGCUUCAACAAAUUCGGGGACAGCAGACAGGCAUCUCUCUACUACUUCAGACCUACCAAGCAAAUACUAAUGCAGAAGUCAACGAGAUGGUGCAGCAAAACAAUGCUUUGCUACGACAAAUAGCGAACAGGGGUCGUUCAUUUUAUCUUGAGAGUGUUCACGAUGGUGAACGGCGAGCUACUGUCGCCGGUUCACUUGAAGCAACCGAUUUGUCCAUCCUUGACACGAGUUCAAGCGUCGACGAUCGCGAAUUCGACUUCGAUGACGAGAUCAUCAAUGCUGGGGCAUAUAGAAGGGCACUCGCCAGCCUCCGCCACAAGGACCACUUUGGGGAAGAGAUGAGUAAUAAUCUACCGCCAGAAGAUGGUGACAAGACUCUGGUUUCCACCGCACUUACGAAUGAGAGCAACGGAUCCACUCAAAAUGAUACCAAUAAUCCUCACCAGAAAACUCCUUUACCUGGCCGAGAGGAAACGAUUUUGGCAACUAGUGGAACGUACGAGACCGAAAUCGUCAUCAACCAGCUUCAGGACAUGGAGGGAGACUCUAUGAAGACAUCCGCCCAAUACGAACUGAAGUUGCCUCACGCGGCAAAAAUGCCAGACACUCUAUUUGACCCAAGGACUAGCCAAACCCUCAAGGAAACCAGUGGACCCCUCGAAAUCACCACCCCGCAGAUGCUAGACACAAAGAAAACGGCUGUCACUCCUCAGGGUGAACUGCCAACAGAUCGGUCGAGAGUGACUCCUCCGUCCCGGGUCGAAAUUCAGACUGAGAAGGAAUACCCCGAAGGCCGAUUUGGUAUUUCUGACGUAGGAAGAUCACAAACCGCCCCCGGACAGCUCAAAAGCGACCGGACUUACGCUGCGAUGAAAUACGUCCGUGGCCACACUGACGGAAUUAGGUAUGGUCCGACGAUCUAUGACCGUUACGGUGCAGACAUCGAGAUUGAUGGAAACCUCUGUCUACUCGAUUUCCAAGACACGGCCGGGCUGGAAGACUACGACUCAGUAAGGGAAUACAGCUAUUCGGAUUGUGACGUUGCUCUACUCUUCUUCUCCAUUGACAAUCCGAACUCUCUAGACAACAUUCGAGGGCGAUGGGCCCGUGAAAUCCAUCCCUUUCUGACACACGUUCCCAGAAUACUAGUAGGCUGUAAAGCCGAUCUGAGGGACGAUCCUAAAACUAUCGAAAAGCUGGCAAAGACAUCACAGAAACCCGUCUCAAGGCAACAAGCUGAAGAAGUUGCCCGCAAUAUUAGUCGAAUAUAUCAAUUCUCAAGUUUCCACCAGAGAACAGUCAAGUAUAUGGAAUGUUCUUCGUUCACGGGAGAUGGGAUUAACGGGGUAUUCGAGGAAGCUGCAAGGCUUGGUUUACAGUACUCAAUCAAGAAGGAUAAGAUGAAAUCUAGAGGCAUUUCUGGAGUGUUCAGGAGACGGCCUUAG